AGGUAAUCAAUCAAUAGCUUUACAUGAUUAAGUUUUAAGUAGUAAUGUAUACUGUUCUGUUUUGAUUAUUUUAUGUGCAAUUGAUAAACUUGGAUAUGUAUUUUAUAAUUACAUGUAUGGUGUUUAAACUGAGUUUAAUUUUUCUUGCGGCGAAAAUAAUAUUUGCAUGUGACGAGAUCUGUCCACUUGACAAACCAUAUUGCAGCGAUGCUGGUUGUAUCUCAGAUUGUCCUGAGCCAUUCUAUAUCAACGGUAGCGACUGCGUGGGGGAUUGCAGAAAUAUGUUUGUUACUGAGAACAGAACAUGUGUAGACUCCUGUCCAAAUAACACAUAUUCAAAGGAAACCCUGAAGCAAGUCUAUGCAACGCAGUAUUUGGAAAGAAAAUGCAUUACGUGCUCAAAUGAAGAUGAGUAUAUAAUGAACAAUACAUGUGUUAAUAUGUGUCCGGAAAAGUGGAGAACUAUUGAUCAGAAUCACUGUAAGUCAGACUGUCCAGGAGGUAAACCGUUCAAGCUUAAAAAAACAAUAUCAAAUAUCAUUCAUUUUGAUUGUGUUAGCAAAUGCCCACGCUUAGAGGAUAAUGGGAUCUGUGUGGACACAUGCUCAACAAAUAAAGUUAUGUUCGGUUCUUCGUGCUUAAUUAACUGCCCAUCUUCAGACCCGAUUUUAAAAUCUAAUGAAUGCAUAUCGGAAUGCCCUUCGCCUGCAAUGUCUCCUGAACGCUUAAACAGCACGUGCAUAUACCAAUGCCCUGCAGACAAGCCAUUUGUGUUAAUUAAUAGAUGUGUUAGCCAAUGUCCAGGUGAAGCGAAAUUGAAAAUGUACAAAGACGGAGCAACAAUUUGCGUAGAUAAAUGUCAAGAAGUGGAUUAUAGGCACAACGACUUUUGCCUUAAUACGUGUCCGGAUUCGACAGUAUCUGUGAAUAACAGUUGCGUACACGCUUGUCCAAGAACACGAUCUUUUUCAUGCAAGGUGAAAAAUGGUCACAUCUGUGGUACGAACCAGAAGGAAUUGGAUCACACAGUCUGUGUUCAUACUUGUUCUGAAAACAUGUAUAUUCUGAAUAGUUCAUGUGUAUAUACAUGCCCAUACGGAAUGCCAGUAUUCAAUAAGGAAUGUUCAGACAUUUGUCCAGUAGAUAACCCGUAUCUUUACAACAGGACCGUUAUGGAAGGAUGUUCAGAAUAUGAUGGUUGUAAGAAUGUCAGAUACUUGCUUAAAUGCAUUGGAAAAUGUCCAGAUGAUUCGUAUGUUUACAACAAUGUAUGUAUGAAUGUUUGCCCAAAUAAUACUUUCUACAAUGACUAUACGUGCGUAGAACAGUGUCCUCAUUUGAAGAAUCUUACUCAAAGUUCAAGCCUUACUUUUCAUCUUGGACGUUACAAGGACAUAAAUGGAAUUCAAUUCUAAAUGUCUAAGUUCCUGUCCCGAUCAUUAUCGUUUUGUCCGAAAUAUGACGUGUACGUGUGACAAGUGCGAUACGCGAUACAAAUAUAAGAACGUAUCUGGAGUAUUUUGCACUGAGAGUUGCCAAAACUUCGACUUUGAACUCAAUGGUACUUGUGUGAAGAACUGUCCAGAUUC